UGGUUUAGCACUGUGAGGAAUGGAGAGUUCGUAGCCUGAUCCAGCAUGGUUGUUGGAACUUUGAGAGUGUGCACUUUCACAAAUACUGCUUGGGGGAGGGGGCAUGUUCAAAGCCACAACAGCUACCAAGGUGGUAGAUGCCCAUCACGCAAUACUGUUUCAACAUAAACUGGGAGUUGUUCUCCGUUAGUCUUCUAUUACCUUAGGGUACUUUUGGCUACUGUGGCGUAGUCUACUCUUAGCCAUUUCUUGGCCGGGGUAAUCGGGCUUCCCAGCAAAGCACCGGGCAGGCCGACCUGGUGACAGCCUCCUCCCGGUGCUUUGAAGCCGCGACAGCUGGACGUGGGCAGAACACGCGACGGGAAGAGGGCGCGGGAAGGUAUCGGAAGCAGAUCCAGCGGGUCGAGUCAUCAAGGGAAAGAGACGCAGAGGGGGCAGCUGGGACAAAUCAAUGAGCGGCACACUUAGCGGCGACAGAGGCCACUUCCAACGCCUGGGAGAGGACAAUUUAGCAUCGAGGCAGCCAAGCAGGCGACGCGAAGUCGAGCGGGACAGCUUCGCUGUAAGUCCCCUGCGAAAUUCCGCAAGCCUCCCUAAGCGCUUCCAGCCUUCCCCCGCGAGUCCCGGUGGCGGAAGGACGGCUGCUUUCAAGAAAGUCUCCCCAGCAGCUCCGCGCAAGUAGUUUUCCCGAACUUCGUUCGCUGCCGGCGAUUGUUCUUCUGAUGAAUUUGAACUUAGAUGAUGCCAUUAGCAGUAUUGCUAAGGAAGGCCAAGACCAUCUUGCCCCCAGCAAAAGCUUUCUUAUAAAGCCCCCCGCCCCACCCGGUUUCUGAUAAGUCUGUGACAAACAUGGCAUUUUCCUCCCAGGAAUCUGAGAAAUUGAAGAUUAAGCAAGAAGAUAAUAGAGAUACAGGAACAAACACCACUCCUGUCCCUGAAAAAAAAAGUGCCUUAAAAGAAAAGUCUGCAGAACGUGUCCAGAAAAGAAUAAAAGGUCAAGAUCAGGGUGAAGGGUCUCGAAUAAUAUAUCAGAAAGCUCUGUUGAGUGUAUUUGGGGGACAAUUGCAAACCAGAAGAAAAAUUUCAUCUAUAAAUGAAAUUCAUAAAGAAAGCUCUUCUGGAAAAGAGGAACCACUUAACAACCUGGGAGAAUUUUCAGCAGUACCAAAAAGCAGAGGUCAAGAAAUUGGAAACAAUUCACAUUAUUUGAAAACUGCACCAAAGGAACAUACUAUUUCUGUCAAGCAAGACAAUAAAGAAUUGGUCAGGUGCCAAUUCAAGACAUGAAUCUGUUAUGUCAAGUUCAGGAGCAAAAGUAUCCACACCAAAGGAUAAAAAAAAUAUUCAACAGGCUCCCAACAAUGAGAAAGCUGUUACAAAAACUAAUAAAAGUUCUGGAGAUGGUGUUAAAGAAGAUUCCAAACCAACACUUGACUCAAAACAAAGUUAUAAACUAUCAAGACCUGAACAUGAAUUGGAAACUCAGCAGAUUUCCAACAUUAAGAAGCCUGUUACAGAAACAGAAAAGAAUGCUAAAUAUAGCAUAAGAGAACUUUCCAAGCCAAUGAUUACUUCCAAGUAUGUUCAUACAGGAUCAAGUUAUGAAAAUGAACUUUAUCAGGGAUCAAAUGACUCACAGGUUCCAGUAAAAGAGAAAAUGGACGUUCAGAAUAAAAUGUUUUGGAAAGAAAAUUACCAGUCCAAACACAGACUUAAAAGCAAGUUCAGCUUUUCAGAAAUUGGAGAACAAAAAAAUAGCCAUGUCUCUUCUAAACAGUUAGGUAAAACUUCUGAUUGGAAUAGCCAAAGUAAAAAACAAUAUUGGAAAUCAGAAACCCAUUGGAGAUUGGUCUCUGAAGAUUCAAAAUAUGAAAGUGAAGAGACCAAGCAGAAUAGCAACAAUCAGAAGCCUCUUGUAAAAAUCUUUAGCGCUGGCACAAAACAGCAAAACAUGGAAGAUGGAGAACCACUGGUUGCCUUUUCACGAGAAGAUUCCAUCCCUAAUCGCAGACUUUCAGAAAUGAUGGAAAUGUCAGCACCAACAACAGAAUUUGUGAUGUAUCCUCCUCAUUUCCACAGUCAGAAAAAGAAUGAUUAUACAAAUUACCGGACAAGCAAUCCAAUGCCAGCACAUUCUUUUACAAGAUCCACUGAAAACAUUUCAUAUUCCAAUAAUCUCUAUGACAUUUCUUUAGAAAGAACGAUAAAUGCACCAAAGGAUAAAAAAUCUUCAGUGGAACGUCUGCAAGAGAGAGUGUGGCCACAUGGUGCUUUAUUGGACUAUAAAGAGAAAAAAAGACCUCAGAAUAUGGAAAGAGGAACAUAUGUUCCCAUUUUUUCUUCAUCAUGUAAGUCAGAUUCUUUCACUAAUAAUUGUGUAGACCAAGAUUUGCCUACGAGCUUGCCCAAAUAUUUAGAAGGCGGCUUUAUUGACACACACUGCCAUUUGGACAUGUUAUAUUCAAAAACAUCUUUCAGAGGAACUUUUUUUGAAUUUAGGAAAAGAUACAGCAGCACCUUUCCUAAAGAAUUUCAGGGCUGCAUAACUGAUUUUUGUGAUCCUCGUACUUUAAAAAACAACUUAUGGGAAGAUUUAUUAAAGGAAGAUAUGGUUUGGGGAGCAUUUGGUUGCCACCCCCACUUUGCUUGUUAUUACACAGAUCUUCAUGAAAGAAAUCUCAUGCAGGCAAUGAGACACCCCAAAUCUAUUGCCUUUGGUGAAAUAGGACUGGAUUACUCUUAUAAAUGCCAUACAGAAAUUCCAAAACAGCAUGAGGUUUUUGAGAGGCAACUGAAUCUAGCUGUUUCCUUAAGGAAGCCAUUGGUCAUUCACUGCAGAGACGCCGAUGGUGAUCUGUUAGAAAUCAUGAAAAAAUGUGUACCAAAAGACUACAAAAUACACAGACAUUGUUUCACUGGCCGCUAUAAUGUCAUUGAACCACUUUUAGACUACUUUCCAAAUCUAACUGUUGGAUUCACAGCUUUGCUGUCUUAUCCAUCAGCAAAUGAAGUUAGAGAUUCUGUUCAAAAAAUCCCAUUAAACAGAAUAAUGGUAGAAACAGAUGCACCUUAUUUCCUUCCUCGACAGGUGCCAAAACAUGUAAGCCAAUUUUCACAUCCAGGAGUAGCUCUGCACACAGUGAAAGAGAUUGCCUGCCUCAAAGGGUCAUUACCUGCCAUGUUAGCUGUUCUAAGGCAAAACGCCAACAAGAUAUAUGACUUGUAAGAAUGUCAAAAGAAAGGUGGAAGACCUAAAGAGGAAACUCUUUUGGAAAAUGACUGGAUUCCUUUAAAUUUAUUUUAUAAUGUAAUUAUAAAUUUGGGCUUCUACACAAAUACUGAAUACCUAUUGAUAGCUUUUAUUAAUUCCACCAAUUCUGUUAUUUGUUCCUGCUGUUUAAGGUGCCUCUGUGUUAAUUUCAUUUCUAAUAGCCCUAUGUUUAGUUGCUGAUCCUUGUCAAUGUUUUAAUUUUUCAAGAAAAAAAACAGAAACAUACCUAAGUACUCUUAAAACUGUCAAGCUAAAUCUAAGUAUUUCUUCUGAGCAGCAAACCACUUAACUGCUGCAGUAAAAACAUUACCCAUUCAUGUAACAUGUUUGUAGAAAUAGCCUUAAAGAAGUAAUGAAGUGUCUGUCCUUUUCUGAUUGGGUUUUCUCAGCAUGUUAACCCAUUUGCUCUUUUCAAAGCUAGAAAUAAAUAAUGAAUUAUUUUAUAACUAUUUUAAAUUAUUUUAAACAGAAAUUAAUAUUGUACGAUACACAAAUAUUGUUUACAAACAUUGAUGUUCCCUAGCUUCAUUCU